GUGUGACUUCCAUAAGUGGGACAUACGCUCUUACAUCCCUGUAUUUCGUUCGAAACUCGCGAUCAAGCUAGAUCAUCAUCGUUCACUCGGUAUUCAGUGUUCUUAUAAAUAUAUUGAUUCAUUUAAUCAUCUGAUAAAUCAAUUACUAUUUUGAGGAUUUUUUUCGUCGCUUCCUUCAAAGCGAACGAAUUUUUCAUUAAUUAUGGCGCCGAAUCUUUUUGGUAAUUCGGCGACUCUUUUCUUGGAAGCUUCGCAAAAUGUAGCUCAGGAAAAACCUAGUGAGGAAGUUAAGAGCACAGUCCAAAAUGUUGCUAGUGAAGGAGUAAUAAAUAAAAAUAAAUAUAAGUGGAAUAUUGUGUGGAGAAAUGUGAUUGCCUUUAUUUAUCUUCACGUUGGAUCUGUCUAUGCUUUAUAUUUAUUAUUAACAGGAGCUAAAAUAUUAACUACCUUAUGGAUUCUUGCACUAGGAUUUUUUGCUGGAGUUGGAAUCACAGCUGGAGCACAUAGACUAUGGGCUCAUCGAUCAUACAAAGCUAAAUGGCCCAUGAGGUUUUUACUUAUGAUUCUUCAAACUGUUGCGUUUCAGAAUCAUAUCUAUGAAUGGGUGAGAGAUCAUCGAGUUCAUCAUAAAUUCACAGACACAGAUGCUGAUCCUCACAAUGCUAAAAGAGGCUUUUUCUUUUCUCAUAUCGGUUGGCUCCUUGUUCGUAAACAUCCAGAUGUUAUAAAGAAAGGCAAAACUGUGGAUAUGAGUGAUCUUGAACAGGAUUUCGUUGUUGUUUGGCAAAGGAGGCUGUAUUUAAUUUUGAUGCCAAUUUUUUGCUUCUUAAUACCAACUUGGAUACCCAUCUAUUUUUGGAACGAGAAACCAUUAUAUGCUUGGUAUGCAACGGUAUUCAGAUACACUCUAUCACUUAAUAUCACUUGGCUGGUCAAUUCAGCAGCACACAUUUGGGGAAUGAAACCUUAUGACGAAUCAAUCAGCCCCACAGAUAAUUUGAAAAUAGCUUUGGGUGCUUUUGGAGAAGGUUGGCAUAAUUAUCAUCAUGUGUUUCCAUGGGAUUACAAAGCAGCUGAACUUGGAAAUUAUAGUGGAAACUUCACUACUGCUUUUAUCGACUUUUUCGCCUACCUUGGACAAGCUUAUGAUUUAAAAACUGUACCAGUUGAAAUCAUUGAAAAACGAGCAGCUAGAACAGGUGAUGGUUCAAGAGUGGCGAAAAAGAAUGCUGAACAUUCACAUGAAGGUGCUAUUUGGGGCUGGGGUGAUACAGAUAUGUCCAAGGAUGAAAUAGAUCAAGUCCAGAUCAAUAAAAAAAGUGAUUAAAAGAUUUUAAGAUUGUGUUUAAUGCGCAAUAUUGUACAAAAAAAAAAUGGUCAAUAGCAGAAAUAUUAAAGAAAAGUUAUAUACUAUGUUAAUAUAUAACAUGAAAAUCAAUUUAGCAUCAGGGUAAGAAUCACAAGAAUAUGAUAAGACUACAACUAAAAGAAAUAUAAAUAUAACAAUAGUAAUCAAAAUUGAAACACGCUAUCACAUGUAAGAGAAUGAUGAUUUAUUAGAAGUGUUUUUGUAUGAUUAGAGAAAAAGCAAUGUGUCAGUUUAAAAACAUUCAAUUCUUCGUUUGUCUUCCAAUAUAGUAUAUUUAUACUAUUUAGCACUAAUAUAAGUAUUUAUAAAAAUUCCAUAUAUAUAUAAAUAUACUUAUAUAUAAGGGAUAGAUGUGAUCCCAAAGAGAACAUAAAAAAUGAUUAUAAACUGUUGAUAGAAUAAAUAAAACUAAGGACAGUAAUCCUUGGACGACACCACUGAUGUCAAUAAACGUGUCAUAAAUUUUAAUCGGAAAUAAAGCAUUUUUUUACUUGAACAUUAUUUGUUUGAUAAAAUCGUAUACCAUAGGCAAAUAAAUGUAAAUUAAUAUAAUAAUAUUUGCAUCAAUUGAGAGGGCAACAGUUCAAUAGUAGAUUCAAUAGAUUUAGUGUAUAAAAUUCGAUUUUGCCCUCAUCUUAUUUUUAACGUUACUAAAAUAUUGUAAUAUUUUACACUGUAUUUAUAAAUAAAUUAUUUCUGUGAAAAUA